UACAUCUCCAAGGAAAUCGAGCCUCGCAUUGUGUGUAUUUUGAGCUAUAAAAGAAAGAAUCAUAUUGGUUCAUGGCCCAGUGAUUUCAGCGGAGACUUUAGUCUACUGUAAGGUAGAAAGGCGUGCGUUGUGGGAAUGAUGGCUGGAUUGCUCAGAUGUCCCAACUUUCGGGGAACUGUAUUGCGCAAUGUCUCCCCCACCAUUCCUCGGAAGUCUGGCUCUAUAUACCGACUGUCGACGAGGCAGAACCAAACUUGCGCACCUUCUGACCACAGGCUUUUAUCGACAAAAAAACCUCCCGAAGGGAGUAGAUUUGAAAACGAGGCCACCCACUUGAUUUAUGCCCGGCCUCUUGCCUCCUCUUCAACGCCACCAAUUCCAAUUUCGCAAGUGAUCCAAAUCCUCCAACAGACUUCAUGCGACUUAAUAACUCUGGUUCAGCUCGUAUCAGACUUAGAAAAGGGCGACCUAGCUUAUGUGCAAGAGGCACUGAGGUAUUUGCUACCCUGUUUGGGAAGGCGAAGGAUGGCUGUCCUACUUCCUCGCGUAUUGGAUAUCUGGAUGGAAAAAGUUGAUGUCGAAUUGGAGGAAGGCCGAGUGGAGCAGGCACAACUGCAGACCUGGUACCAUCAAAUCGUCAAGAUGCUUUCCCAUUUUAUCAUCACUCCUGGAGAAACCACACAUCAAUCUCAUCAAGAUCCUCUCCCUGGAUAUAUCAAGAAGCAAGUCGUUCGCCUCAUUUCUCACCUCAUCGACAUUCUUCCUUUCUUUCCGUCCUCUUCAACACAACGCCCUUGCAUUAAUUUCUCCUUACUCGAACGCUUGUUCACUAGGCGGUAUUUGUCUACCGAACUAAGAGUUGUUUUGGCGAAGCAUUGCGUUGAGAAUGGUAUUGAGCUGAGCGCGAGGAUGUGGCAUGAGUGUGUUAUGGUUUCUCUCUCUGAGAACGAUACCAAAAUGGUUAGAAAGCUGGAGAAGAGAAAGCAGGCCGCUUUGGACAAAGAAGCUGAGGCCCAGGAAACUUUCCGUGGAAAACGCAGAAGUCAAACUAAGUCCAAGAGGAGGAGAAGACUCCGCAAAAUCGCGGACCUCAUUUCUCGACUGCAAAUCACCAACACUGACUCUUCCCACGAGAAGCUUUUCCACGUUCUUGAACCAUACCUCGAUCCACCAUCGUUGGAAUCCCUUCCAUCUUUGCCCGCCAAUCCUUCAUCUCCGUCAGAUGGCAAGGGACUUUCACAUAUACCCAGCUCGCAUCUCGUACAACACGCAUGGUCAAUCCUUUUAACAAGACUAUCCAAGGACAAAACGGUCUCGGCAGACAUGCUGCUUGAGUUAUCGGAUAGCAUGCCAAUGAAGUAUACAACCGGACGCACCCUCACCCCCAUAAUGCAUGGGCUGUUGAGGAGAGGAGAGGGUCCCAGAGCUUGGUCGAUUUGGCGAGAACUCGUAUCGAAAGAGAGCAAGUUAGAAAAACGAAGUGAAAAAGGAUUGUUCGUCGACCGGGUGUCCCUGUCAGUGGGAGCUCAGAUAUGUCAUGGCGUCGCAGGCUUGGACAACGCAAUUGAAAUGGUGGAUCUCUGGGCUCAUCGUCCAUGGCAGCCACCGCCUGUUCAAGGACAGAUGGAGAAUUCGAUCUUUCUCGAUACCCAAUGCGUUAACAUCCUUCUCACCCUUUGCCAAAUCGAUGGCGCCACCAGUACGGCAUUUCGUUUGUGGAAAGCAGCUCUUCCUCGAUGGGGAGUUUACGUCGACCAUAUCUCACUCAAGAUACUUAUUGAUAUUGCUCGAUAUCACAACGUCCACGACAAAAGCGUACAACCAGACGCUGAUGUUUUCAAAGAAAGAUUACGCCAGAUGGUAGAUGGCUUCAGCUUCUGGAGAGAAGGGCGUGGGGAGGAAGGUGCUGCAGUGGCUUAUGAUGCGUACGAGGAUGCGGGAUUUGCGAAAGGUUCAACAUCGGUGCUUCUUGCUCCAUCCGGCAAUUUCAAUGCCCACGAAAAAGAAGACUGGAGGUUCGAGAAGCCAUGGCAAAUGGCACGGGUGAUAUUUCGACAAGUUGUGCUUGGAAAUUGGCCGCAUCUGCGAGAAACUCAAUCUCCGCUAGAUGAGGUCGAUCAGUCUGCGUUUGAUAAAUUCACCUCAUUAUUUGAUGGUGAUUUGCACAUUCCCCGCCAUGCUUCCGGGGAUAAACCUCGUAAACUGAACCAGGACAGCCUCCCAGACCCAAACGCGCGAUAUACCCACAUCAUUCCGACUGCUUCGACUUUCCAUUCUUACAUAUCUCUCCUGGGGUAUUACAAUCAUCCGCAUGAAAUUCCUGUUGCUUUGGCGUGGAUGAAAGCGCUUUCUAUCGUACCCACUUGGUUUACGAUGCGAUUGGCAUUGAUGCAUAUAUGUGAAGCCGAGGGACCCAGGCGGUGGGUUCGAAAGUGGGGCAAAGAAGGGAAGGGAAGAUUGGUCAGAGAUGAGGAAAUCAUGAGACGAUGGCUAGAGGAAUGGCUGCUACAGGAGGAUAGCGGCGGAAAUGGGGGGCUGGGAGAUAAUCGGGCAGAUAUAGUGCCCAGUGAAGAAGAAGUAGCUGCUUUCAGGAGAAUGUUUGCAGAAAGGAAUCAGAGAGUCACAGCAUAGAAAAUUGAUGCUAUACAUAUACGUCUGACAACUGACAGUACUUCAGUCGCGGUCUUAUAAGGCCAAAGCGAUAUAUCUGAAGCAAAU